AUGAAUCAUACCAAUGGUAAUCAUUCAUCUACCAUUAAAACUUCAAAUUCAUCAAAUACUAAUCUAUCAAAACAAAAACCACAAUUAAAUUCAAAUAUUAAUAAUAACAAUAACAAUAACAAUAUCAAAACUAAUAAUUCAAAUACAACUACUAAAAAUUCAAGUUCACCAAUAUCAUCAUCAUUAUUAACUAUAUCUGAUUCAAAUGCAUCAAACUCGAAACAAUUAUUAAAUACAUAUAUUUAUGAUUUUUUAAUUAAACAAAAAUUACCUCAAACUGCUAAAAUAUUUAUAAACGAAGCAGAAAUUCCUUCAUCAUCAAAACAAUCACCUCAACAGCAACAACAACAACAACAACAACUGCAACUGCAACCUAAUCAAUCACCACUGCAAUUAAAGUUUUUCAAAGAUAAUAACUUACCUAAAAUGUCUUUAGCAAUGGAUUCUCCUCAAAGUUUUUUAUUUGAAUGGUGGCAGAUAUUUUGGGAUAUUUUUCUGAUUAAAAAUUAUGGAGGAAUUAAUUCAGUAGAGAAUGGUAAUAAUAAUAAUAAUAGUAAUAAUGUUAAACAAAAUUUAGCUCAAAAAUAUUAUCAAUUACAAUUAUUAAAACAGAGACAACAACAACAAGAAUUAGCUAUGUUUAUGCCUGGGGCAAUGGGGAAUAUUCAACAACAACAACAACACCACCACCAACAACAACAGCAACAACAGCAACAACAACAUCAACAACAUUUACAACAAUUACAAAUGCAACAACAACAGCAACAGCAACAAAAUCAACAACAACUUCACCCUCAAAAUCAACAAAUACCGUCACAUCCACAACAGAUGCCGCAACAAGCUAUACCUCAACAACAACCACAAGGACCACAACCACAACCACCUCAAGGUUUACAAGGACAACCACAACCACAAGGACAAUUUCCAUCUCAAAAUCAACCAUCACAAAUUACAAAUCAACAAGUUCCUAUCCCAAGUCCUCAAAUGCAACAACAACAGCAACAACCUCCACUUUCUUCUUCAUCGACUACUUUUCCUAACAUGGUACCUCAAAAUGCUCAACAAUUGUUUAUGAUGAAUCAGCAAUUACAACAACAACAAAACGGUCAAGCUGGCCAAGCACCUCCUCAACAACCACCUCAGCAACAACAACAACAAGGUCAAAUGAUGAAUCAACCACCAAAUUCAGCUGUUGAUCAGCAAAGAAUGAUGAUGAUGAUGAAACAACAAGCUGCUGCUGCUGCUCAAAGACAAUUAAGUUCAAAUCCUACAAAUGGAGACCCUCAACAAAAACCAAUGCCUCAACAACAAAUGGCUGGCGGAAAUAAUCCAAAUAAUUUAACCUUACAACAACAGCUCUUCUUACAACAACAAUCACAACUCCCACAAAAUCAAAUACUGAAAAAUUCUUUUCAACAACAAGCUCAAAAUCAAAUGAAUAGUUUACGUCAACAAGCUGCAGUGGCUGCUCAACAACAACAACAACAACAACAACAAAAUCAAUUCCAAACCAAUGAUAAUGUAUCAAAUCAUAAUUCACCUGCUGCUCCGUGGUUACAAUUACAACAAACUCCUCAUAUGAUGAAUUCUCCCAUACCCAAUGGUAACAAUCAAAAUCAACAAAAACAACAAUUUGCACCUCAACAAAACACUAACAUAACUCCAAACACUACAGCAAAUACUCCAUUACCAACUCAAAAUGCUCCACCAAUUGCAAGACAAACCAAUUCAACAUCAAAUAUAAAAGGUAAGAACGGUAAUGUCAAUUCUAAUGCAACAAAUGGUAAAUUAGCCAAAAAUCAAGUAAAUCCAAAUCAACCACCACAAUCAACAGGUAUUAAUACAAAUGUACCAAAUGGAAGAAAUAUGAAUGCAUUACAAGAUUAUCAAAACCAGUUGAUGUUGUUAGAAAAGCAAAACAAAAAGAGGUUGGAAAUUGCUAGAAAUACUGGUAAUUCAGAUACAAAUUUAAUGUCAAAUGGUAUGUUACCACCUCAACAACAACAACAACAACCACCAAACCCUUCCCCAGCAAUAUUCAACGCUCCACCUCAACCACCACAACAACAACAAAACUUCACAACCCAAAAGCCAUCACCAGCAACAUCAAACCCUUCUCCAUUAACUGCAAAUAAACCAUCACCUGCAAUGGGAAACAAAAAACCUAAAAAGGAAUCAACUGGAAAAAGAUCAAGAAAACAAAGUAUCACUGGCUCAACACCUCAACAACAAGCUCAUACUCCAUUAGCUUCACAACCAUCAAGUGCCGGCACUGAACAACAACAACAACAACCAUCCCUUCAACAACAAAGAAGAGGUUCAAACACUCCUAAUAUAGGUAAAAAAGAAUUCACUCCAUUAACUCCAGUAAGUGAACCAAUAGCAGAUAAUAAGAAAAAAAGAAAAAUGAAUACAGUUAAUGAAUCACCAAGAAAACAACAAAAAAAUUUAUCAUCUACUUCAUUAUCUUCACAAGCUAAUGGAAUAGGGAAAAAAAUAGAUACAACAAUAAAAGAAGAUUCCAAAGAAAAUGUACCAACCACCUUAGAUUUCAAAAAAUCAAGUGAUGAUUUCAGUUCUGCUAUAAUUGGAUCUUCAGAAAAUGAUAAUUUAUUCAGCGUUGAUUUAUUAUCUGAUCCCACUUCAAAUCAAAAUCAAAGUCAUACUGCUUCUAGCAACAAUAGCAUAUCUAAUAAUUUAGGAUCAAGUGGUGGUAAUGGUGGUGGUGGAGCACCACAAAAUAGUUCAAGUACUAAUUUUGAUGAUAUUGAUUUUGAUAUUAAUCAAUUAUGGGGUGAUGGACCUGUUGAUGUUGAUUCUAAUUCGUUGAAUGAUAGUAUUGGUGGGUUUAAUUGGAAUGUUGAAAUUGAAAAUGGUGAUUAA